CCGGGGGCGCGGGCCGCAGGCCAACUUUAUUUUGGAAAGCGACGGACGUGAUAGGGUGAACCCAACCACUUGACUGGGAACGACCGGGAGAAGGAUUAACCGUGACACCAUUAUGGAGGAGGUCGCUGGAAGCUCCGAACCCCAGGCAGAGCUUGAGGUCGAGGAACCAGAGAAAGUCUAUGGGAAGCCUAGGAAAGAGGAGCCUGCGGACAAGGCUACCGCCGCCAAGAAGAAGUUUAGGUAUCAAAUCCUGAUCUUGACCUUGCCUGAGCUCGACGACACUAUUAGCAAGUUACUAGGAACCAUGGUGUCGGUGUCUUUUCAGACCAUGCUGCAGGCUAGCCCUAGGUUGCUCAAGGGGCUCAGACAACUGUUGACUCGGAGGCGAGUAGAAAUAGGCGACAACCCCAAAUUACCAGAAGGGGAGAGGGAGGAGGAAGCUCUGCAAGAAGUGGCUAUUCUUCAAAGGAGUCACGGGGACUUGGAGGAUCUCGAAAAGGCCUUUGCAGACAUUCGGUUGAGCUUGCCCGACCGAGAGGGCGGCGAAGUCAUGAGAUCACCACCCAGGACGAAGCUUAGCUUUCAUGCGCUACCCGUAGGGAAAUUGAAAAUCCAGAUCGGGAGUCAUCACACCGACAUUAACAAGGAAGUAACAGGGAGCAUCCGGGGAGCUGGCGGGGAAAUCCCGUUCGCUGGGUACGUCACGAAGUGUGCUGUGAAGGCAGGGGUCAGGGAAUUGAUUUGGUCGUUUCAGCGGAUGACCGUAAUGGAGGAAAUGGACCACGACAUAAUUAUCGGGAGACCGUGGUGCGCGAACGUAGAGAUGAUAGGCAUGCACUUGCACGAUGGCUCGUACAUGGUAGACAUAGAGGACCUUGUAACCGGUCGGGGAGAGCUCCUCCGACUCCUUGGAACGGGAGGAGACCCCCCAAAGGAAAAAUUGGCAACAUGGUCGCCGUCGUUCGAGGAUAGCACGCCAAAAGAGGCUUUCGCACGGAUGGAGGGUAUGAUAGAAAGGGUAGAAAUCAUGAUUGAGGAAGCAUUCAACAAGAAGGAAUGGAUCAAGAUGGGCUUGCCCCAGAAGAAGAGGAGGCAGGAGGACGAAGUCCUAGAUAUUAUGGUCGCGGAAAAUGAGUCAGAGGUCGAACUUGGUGCUAGCCCGCCCAAACGGAAAGAAGAAGCCGGAUCCGGCAAAAACCGACAAGAUAUCACAAUGGCCGACACUGUUGCGCACGACAACGGAGAACGGCGGUACUCGCAAUUCAAGAACGAAGUCAUAGCCAUCCUGCAUUGCCUUAAGACCUUCCAGGCUUACCUAUUUGGGAGGCGGUUCAUCUUAAGGAUCGAUCCGACGAAUGUCGCAGGGGCUCUGAAGAAUUAUAGGCCUAUAGAUCCGAUGGUAGGGAGAUGGGUAGGAUUCAUCUGGCAAUUUGAUUACAAGAUCGAACGGAUUGCUGGAAUCCGCAACAAGGCAGAUGGACUGAGUCGGGUUUGCAUCACUCCCGAAGGGAUGGAGGAUGUAGAGCCCAUAGACGCAUUCCUCGAAUACGAAGGAAGGACUCUCGCGGUGGACAACGAAAUGAUGAGCGGGGGAUGCACAUCGGGAGAACUAUUGAUCCAGACUUUGGAGAAGGGGGCACCUGCCGUAGUAGCAUAACUUAAAGAAGGACCAGUUACCACUCGAUAACGCAGAUAAGAAAAGGACUCGUGGGGAGCGAUAGUAGGACUGAGAGAGGAACUAAUGGCAAUGGCGGUCGAGGGAGGCCGGAAAGCAGUAAUGAGCUUAGUGGAAUCUUGGGAAAGGAAAGAGUUGCGAUGGGUGGUAAACCAGAUGCGGGAAGGAAAGGAUGGGAGCCAGGAAAGGGAGGAGUUUUUCUAUGUCCAAUCAUACGAAGGGCUCUUUCGGGAGAUCGGGUUGUUGUUGGUAGGAAACAAACAACCUACGAAAGU